GGUUCGGCGUCCGCCGCAGCUUCGUUCAAAAGGGCAUUCGGCGUAACUGCCGUGCGCCGCGUUAUACACGCGGUGUACAGAAUCGCUAUCAAGAGAUUCUGAAUGCAGAAUUUUUAGGGUGGGGGCAGUUGGUUGCCGUUCGCACCGGCGCCCCUGAUUUCAUGAAAACGGAGAACUCGCAGCGAUUUCACGACGGAUGGUGGAUUGUGUGCAUGCGCCUGUGGCUAUUGCCAUCAGUUUCUCUUCAAUACGGGACAAUUAUGUGAAGUCUGGAGGGCAACGUGUGCCUACUGUGCCCGAGAGUUUUUAAUGUCACCCAUAUUGAUAGCGAAAGUUGUCGAAUCGGAUUACGUGCGCGACGCCAUACAUUCUUGAAUGCAAGCGAGCUCAAUCGAUUACUCGAAUGUACCAGCCCCGAUGUUGUGUAUAAAUAACGCGCGACCGGAUCCGUGAUUUAAUGUUUAAUGAAACAUGUUUCCCUUUUAUGUAGAUAUGCAAUGGCAAGCCCUUCUGUGUGUUCCAAAGGUAAAAUUUAAGGUCUAAAUUAAAGAAGACAUUUCUAGCCAGAAACAAGCAAAAAUGGUGAAUGCAGAGUAUCAGAAGCCCAAGGUACAGAAAUUAUGAGAAGUGUCGAAUGAUUUUAAGGAAAGAGUCGUAUUUGAAAAUGCAAGACUCUUUAGUGGAGGUCAAGCAAGUCAAUAUAGGUAGAAUACUCUGCAAAAUUAUGCGAGUGAGGGGAUGUCAAACAAUGGGUCAGGAAAUGCGUUUUCUGCAAAACAAAAGCUGAUUGCCAUUACAUAAGUCACUUUAGCAUCACGAGACUGCUGCUUGAUAAAUUCAGAAAUAAACCAAAAAACAAGACACGCAAAAAUUAAAAAAAAAAAUACAAUUUAAUGAUGCUCUAUCCACACUGGGAUAAAUAAAAACAAACACAUCACAUCUAAUGUGGACAUAUCAGACGCCUUGUGAAACACUAAAGGAAAAAAUUCAGUUUCGAGCUAUGGCAGUUGCCGCAUAGAUGUGGGGGGCCUUGCACCAAUAGUGAUAGUUACCACUGCAUUUAGAAACUGAAAGCAUUCAUGCAGACAAGGAUGAUUCUUUAUAUUUUUGGCUACCACUUCAAAUGCCUACACCAAGUGUUACAAUGCUGCACGCAGCCAUACUUACGAUCUCGCAGCAACACCUGCAGGUAAAAAGCAGAAGCAGUCAAAGUGCUGGUGUGUGCUGGACACUGUGUUGGAAAACUUUUAGGCAAGAAGAGUGCAAGAAGCAGACAUAACAACUGCAUUUAUUUCCAUAAUUCCCCAUUUGAAUGGCCUUUUCUUUUUGCUUAGACAAUGCCUACGCCUAGCCACAGCAGCUCCCUCAUACAGACUCCGCAAGCCAAGAGGCCGUGGAGGCAAAUGCAGGCAGCCAGCAUGCACACCUCGAACAGCCACCUUGACUGCGGGUGUGUCACCCUAGUCGCCAAGGAAACAUUUGAGGGAAAGCGACAGGCAAUGUGAACAGCCACUUCUCCAUAUGCGACUUCGUCGCAACGCUGUUCCGUCGAUAUUGCCUUCAUCCCAUGAAGAACAAAUACCGUUGCUGCAGGACGAAAAUUUCAUGGCUAACGUUGAUGUCUUGAUCACGGAAAAUGACGCCACUGGAACCUCCAUUGAAAGCAACGCGGAUUGCGAGCACAAUUCUCUACCAAGACAGUCAAUCGAAGUGCCUUUCCAAGCGCGACUGGGUUGCAACGUUGUUCCGUCGAUAUCGCCUUUCCCCCUUGAAGAGCAAGCACCGUUGCUGCAGGACGUAAGUUUUGCUAACGUCGCCGACCCGAUGAAUGAAAACACUGCUGGCACUUUCACCGAAAGUAACGCGGAGACGCUUCCCUCUGGUGCGAAAGACGCGGAGACGCAGACAGAUUUUAUGCAGAUCCCCGCGAAAACAAGCAGUUUCCGCAGCGUCGGGAAUGCAAAAGGAGUGCAGGCUAAACCACUGGGCACGAGCGUUGCUGUUCAGGUGAAUACAACUGUGAAGGAAAUGAAAUGCAAGGCACUUCAGGUGAAUGUUCAGAACAUACCUACGCCAAAGACAUCAACUCCAAUCAAGAGACGACGUACCACUUGUGUCAGGAAACCAGUCAAGCACCGGAGACGUACACCAGCAAAGGACAUCAGCUACAUUCCCUCGCCUGACGUGUCCCCAGUACUGCAAUACCCUGACAUGCAUGACACAACGUACGAGCCGGAAGAAUUGACUUGCACCCCAGAGGUGACAUUUGAUGAGUGCGAUAUGGAUGAGGGGUGUACGCAACACAAAGACUACUUUCUUGUCUCUCGUGACAACCUGCUGACACUCCUGAACACGUGCCGCACUUGCUUGUCUACGUCCUGCACAGGGACAUGA